AUGGAAGUUGAAGAGUGUCAAGUACAAAUUCUUAAAGACACUUCCUUAAAUAGGGAGGAUAAGUCAAAGAAUAAAGUAAAGUUUGUAGCUCAAGAAAAGAAAAAAGAAGAGGAGCAAAUAUUGCCACUUGAAAAUGGAUGGAGUUUUUGGGAAGACCAUUAUAUAAACCACGGAGAAAGAGCUACUCAAGAAGAAUAUUUGGCUUCAUUGAAGCAAAUUUCAUCUUUUUCAUCAGUUCAAGGAUUUUGGACUGAGUUUAAUAAAUUACCUCAUUUGUCAAAAGUUCCAAACAAUUCUUGUUUUCAUUUAAUGAAAAAAGAUGUACGACCCAUUUGGGAGGAUCCAGAGAAUGAAAAUGGUGGAGUUUUAAUUUUAAAAGUAAAGAAAUAUUUUACUGACGAAAUUUGGAAUGAAUUAGUAUUAUCUGUCAUUGGUGAGCAAUUUAGUUCAUAUCUAAAUUCUGAUGAUGAUAUAUGUGGUGUUUCCAUUCGAAAGAAAUCUGGGAUGGAUUUCAAUAUGAUCCAUAUCUGGAAUAAAACAUCGAGUGGUCAAUCUGCAAUUACCAGAGCUCUGAAGCAUUUAGUACCAUUUUUACCUGAUGGUUGUAUUAAUCAAUAUUAUCGAAUUCAUGCCCAGGAUCAAUCGAAAACAAUGAAACAUAAUGAUCAUCCACAACCAAUUCAACAAAAAGAUGAGGAAUCCGUCGAGUUGGAGAGCAAGAUUGAUGAACUAAAGAAAGAGUUGAAGAAGGAAAUUUCGAUUUUAAAUCAAAUUAGAAGUGCAGAGGCAAAGUUGGAAAUGGAAACAAGUCUUGCUGGUACAUCGAUUAAUAAAGAGAUUGAGAAGCAAUUCGAUUUUGAGCUAGAGAAGGAGGUGGAGAAGGAAAUCGAAUCAAAGGAAUUGGAAUUGGAGGAGGCAGUCUCAAAGAAGCAAAUGAAUGAUGGCAAGCUUGCUAAAGAUGGAUUAGAGGAGUUCGUUGAGAAAGAAGAGGCAGCCGAGAACCAGAGAUUGGCGGCAGCCGAGAAAAAGAAACAAGCUGAAGCAGAGAAGAAGCGAAUGGAAAUGGAACAGAAGCGACGUUUGGCUGAGGAGGCAGAAAAGAAGAGACUUGCACAGGAGACAUCCAAGAAACGUUUGGCAGAGGAAGCAGCCGAGAAGAAACGCAUGGAACAAGAAGAGGAGAAGAAGCUCAUGGAGAUGGAAUUGGAGAAGAAACGACUGGAGAAGGAAAUUGAAAAUCAGCGUUUAGCUAAAGAGCGAAAAAGAUUGGAAGAGAUCGAACUUGAGAGAGAGUUGGAGGACGAAUUGGUAGAGGCAAUCGAGGAGAAGAUCGAGAGGGACAUUGAGGAGAAGAUCGAAAAGCGUGCAUUCGGUAAGAAUAUGAGUAGCAACAACGAUCUAAAGAUGAAUACAAACUCUACCAAACAACAAGCAAAAGAGUUGAAGAAAGAAUUUGACAACGACAACAACAACAACAAAAAAGAUUUCAAAUCCAACAUAACCAAAGCAAAGGUAUAUGAUGUUCCAACACUUGAAGAAGAUGAUUAG